CCAAUUGGGGAUCACUUCCUCAUAGCGGCCUGUGGUGGGGCUCGGUGUGUAUUUGUCCGCCACGGCCUCCCUUGCUUGGCUCUGGGCUGGGAAGUGUUGAGGCGGGGAGGGAAUGGUGUAGCAGCAAGGCACGAAGCUGCGAGAGCAACCCAAGGGAAUGUAAAACUUCAGGACCGGGAUCGCCCACAAGACGCCGUGUCCGCGUGCCUAAAGACUUAACACACUACCUGGUUUCUCAUGGAAGCUGAUGGAUUUGUGAGGAGGCGUCGGAUGACAGCGGAGACUGCAGGCAGUGAUCCCGGGGUUGCUGGUGCAUCUGCCGGGGCAGAAGUUCGAUGGCUGGGGGGGAGAUUCUGGGGAGUUUCGGAAAGUAUCUUGGGGAGCCUGACGCCCCGGAUCGGAGGGGAAGCGGAGCUACAGACUGUUGAUUGUAUCCGAGUUGCACAAGAUGCACAGACAGAGGACUCUGAACCAGACUAUGAGGGGCUGCCACAGGGAGCCUCCACUAGCACCCACAUGUUGGCUGGAGCCGUGGCCGGGAUCAUGGAGCACUGCCUCAUGUUCCCCAUCGACUGCGUCAAGACACGAAUGCAGAGCCUCCAGCCCGACCCCGCCGCCCGCUACAGGAACGUGAUGGAUGCCCUGCGGCGAAUUGUAGCCACAGAGGGAGUCUGGCGGCCAAUGAGAGGGCUGAAUGCGACAGCAGUUGGGGCGGGACCUGCCCAUGCGCUCUAUUUUGCCUGCUAUGAGAAACUCAAAAAGACUCUAAGCGAUGUCAUUCACCCAGGGGCUAACAGCCAUUUGGCUAAUGGGACAGCAGGGUGCGUGGCCACAUUGCUUCACGAUGCAGUCAUGAACCCAGCCGAAGUUGUGAAGCAGCGCAUGCAGAUGUAUAAUUCUCCCUACCGCGGCGUGUUGGACUGUGUACGCGCCGUGUGGCAGAAGGAAGGCCCUGCCGCGUUCUACCGCAGCUACACCACCCAGCUUACCAUGAACGUGCCCUUCCAGGCGCUCCACUUCAUGACCUACGAGUACCUUCAGGAGCUGCUCAACUCCCAAAGACAAUACAAUCCCUCUUCCCACAUGCUGUCCGGAGCUUUAGCUGGAGCCAUCGCGGCUGCGGCCACCACACCUCUGGACGUCUGCAAAACCCUGCUCAACACCCAGGAGUCUGUAACCCUCAGCUCCCAGUCCCCCGGCCAAGGCCCCGGCAAGGGCCAAGGCCAAGGAGCCCACAGACACAUCUCAGGCCUGGCCCACGCCUUCCGGACAGUUUACAGGCUGGGCGGCCUGCAGGGCUUCUUCAGGGGAGUCCAGGCGAGGGUCAUCUACCAGAUGCCCUCCACAGCCAUCAGCUGGUCGGUCUAUGAGUUCUUCAAGUAUGGACUCACCAAGCACCAGCACAACAAGAGGAGAGCGCAGCACAUGGAGUCUUAGAUGGUUUAAUCUCUUCUAAGAUUGCUCUGCCCUCCCUGUGAGGAGAAGAAUACGUCAAAUACGCACAUAGAAUCUGACUAAAAUCCACCUCAGUUGUCCCAUCCCUUUCAGACAUAGCAGAUAAGAAAGACAUCUUCAGAGACAGUUCGAGUAGUGAUUAUUUCUGCUGCGCUAUUUCAGGACUAAGUUUGAUUUGAGUUAAGUUGUUUUCCUCUUCUAGGAGAAAACAUUUACAGUGUUAUAGAACUAGUUCAUCUGAUUUUUUUUUUUUUUUUCAAGCCAUUCUAGUGACCACUACGUUUGUUAGCUGACGACAAAUAUGAAGAACGCACAAGUUUUUUGAGUUGGAGAGUAGUCAGCAGGGGGCAGUAGUGUUCAUCUCUCGUGUCAUUUUCUGAAGCUUUUGCUGUCUUGGGAUCCAUCAGGAUUUUAUUUUCAACCAUCCAAACCUUGAAUUUGCAAAUUAAAUGUAUAACUGACUCCUUAUUCAGUCCCUUCUCUGCAUUUAUGAUUAAAUAUUCUCUAUAUGAUAGAAACAAAAUUCAGCCCUGAAUAGAAAAUAUUGUGGUUAUUUUUGACCAAAAACUAUUUCGGCCUUUUACAAUUAAAGGAGAAGUAUCCAACAUGUUUCUUUACUGACAUGGAUCAUUUAAUCAAUUGUGCCAACAUGGCAACUCAAACAACUGAGAGGAAAAGUUAAUAACAUCUUUUUAUAUUUUAACUAAUUGAGCUGUAAUUUGAAACGUAGAUCAAUAAUACAACACAAAGGAUCAGAUACAGGGUUUCCUCUUUUUUUUUCACUUAUGGCAGUUAACAGUAUAAAUAUGAUGUAUCUAACAUUUUUUCCUACCAUUUUUUGCAAUUGUGGAUGUUAAGGAUUGGCCCCUAUCGUGGAAUUGGAUGGAAAAUACAAAUUUUAGGAAUCUGAAGCUUGUGUUUAAUUUAUUUUAAUUAUUUUCAUUUCCUAAAAGAAGUUUUAUUUCCAGCAAAUACAUAACUUAAAAUGUUUCCUUUCUGUUUUUGCCCAAUUUAUGUGUUCAGCCACCCCUCGGAUUGUCCAAAUACUCACCAUUAAUGCCUUGUGUACCUAUGUUUGGCAGAGUAAAACAGGGCGGCAUUAAGAUGACCAUCUCUGUGCAUUUACUGGUGGUAUCUGCCAGUUUUAGCUUGCAAACUACUGAGUUUAAACAUCUGCUCGACAGCAAAGGUUGUCUACAUUGAACCGUGUCCAAAAUAAUUUGAUUCAAAAUAUCAAGGAGUUCAGUAUCCCACAAGUUAUGUAUCUGUGCCCCCAUUGAGUACACAUAAAUGGAAGCUGUCAUUCUUAUUAAUUGAUGUCUGAUUGUUUCCGACACUGAAUUGCACUCGUUGAAUAAAGACUGAACAGCGGCGUCGACUGGCUGCUCAUAAACAAUG